CUGAUUUGUCCGAGUUUGAGUAAAUGCAUGCUGGGAAUGGUAGUUGUUUUGGAGUGUUGCUGCAAAGCAUGCUGGGAGUUAUAGUACUAUUGUUUGUUUCCGGGUAGCUCGCUCUCAGGUGUGCAACCAGGCUCCUGUUAGAGUGAAGAUCACGUACAGCUCACAGGAAAAAAUAAACAUUACAAGAAUAUCUGAGAAAUCCAGUUGUGCUGAACAAGACAAUGUCUGACAAGACCGAGAACCAAACCUCAGACCUUCCUGAUAUACACAGAGGGUGUCUAGAGGAAAACGCGGGCCCUGAGCUAUUGGAUGUGAAGGAAGAGGAUGAGACAGAUGACAUGAAUAGUCAGACUGAAAUACAUUCAUCCCUCCCUGCCGAUGAAGAUGACGCUGAUAUAGUGAAAGUUGAGAUAACAGAAGAUCUGUGUCUGAGGCAUCAGCUUGGAGCCCGAGAUGAUGAAAACAGUGACAGUAUCAGCUCAGGCCGUAUGGAUGUGACACCUUCAGAUGGCUCAGCGGUUGAGCACGGAGGAGAACCGUAUGUGUGUGAUCAGGUGAAAACUGAGGAGGAUGAAGUUCCCAUAAAUACGUCUACAGGUAGAUUCAAAGAUUGCAGUGAUCCUCAAAACCAGAGUGCAGAUGCUUCGUAUUUUGAAAAAGAAAGAAAUCAUGCCAAAAACUUAUGUCCCCAAUAUCAGAAAUGUUUUACCCAGAAAAAAAGUCUUAUUGCAGAUGAGAAAACAUUUUCAUGUUCUGAAUGUGGGAAAUGUUUUAAUCUGAAAUCUGUUCUUAUUAGACAUCAGAAAAUCCAUACAGGAGAGAAAGCAUUUUCAUGUUCUGAAUGUGGGAAAUGUUUUGCUCUGAAAUCAAAUCUUAUUGUACAUCAGACAAUUCAUUCAGGAGAGAAACCAUUUUCUUGUUCUGAAUGUGGGAAAUGUUUGACUCAAAAAGCAAAUCUUAUCACUCAUCAGAAAAUUCAUAAGGGAGAGAAAAAAUUUUCAUGUUCAGAAUGCGGGAAAUCUUUUACCUUAAAAUCAUAUCUUAUUACUCAUCAGAAAAUUCAUACGGGAGAGAAAGAAUUCUCGUGUCAUGAAUGUGGGAAAUGUUUUACUCGUAAAUCACAUCUCCUUACUCAUCAAAAAAUUCAUAUAGGGGAGAAAAAAUUUUCAUGUGCUGAAUGUGGGAAAUGUUUUAUUCUAAAAUCACACCUUGAUAGACAUCAGACAACUCAUACAGGAGAGAAAGCAUUUUCAUGUUCUGAUUGUGGGAAAUAUUUUACUCAAAAAUCACAUCUUAUUACUCAUCAGAAAAUUCAUACAGGAGAGAAAAAAUUUUCAUGUUCAGAAUGUGGGAAAUGUUUUUUUCGGAAAUCACAACUUCUUACUCAUCAGACAAUUCAUACAGGAGAGAAAGCAUUUUCAUGUUCUGAUUGUGGGAAAUAUUUUACGCUAAAAUCUGCUCUUAUUAGACAUCAGAAAAUUCAUACAGGGGAGAAAGCAUUUUCAUGUUCUGAAUGUGGAAAAUGUUUUUCUCGGAAAUCACAUCUUAUUAGACAUCAGACAAGUCAUACAGGAGAAAAAGCAUAUGCAUGUUCUGACUGUGGGAAAUGCUUUACUCGGAAAUCAACUCUUAUUACUCAUCAGAAAAUUCAUAUAGGAAAUAUAUCAAGUUAAACUUAAAGGGACACUGAACCCAAAUUUUUUAUAUCGUGAUUCAGAUAGAGCAUAACAUUUUAAGCAACUUUCUAAUUUACUCCUAUUAUCAAUUUUCUUCAUUCUCUUGCUAUCUUUAUCUGAAAAAUAAUGCAUCUAAGCUUUUUUUUUUUUUGGUUCAGAACUAUGGGCAGCACUUUUUUAUUGGUAGAUUAAUUUAUCCACCAAUCAGCAAGAACAUCCCAGGUUGUUCACCAAAAAUGGGCCGGCAUCUAAAUUUACAUUUAGAUACCAAGAGAAUGAAUACAAUUUGAUAAUAGGAGUAAAUUAGAAAGUUGCUUAAAAUUUCAUGCUCUAUCUUAAUCACGAAAGAAAAAGUUUGG